UGAACGUGUUCUCGAUAGCUUAAUCUAAAGACACCUCGUUCUAUCCAUCCACAGUUCCUUUCUUCCCUCCAAAACCCGACAUUCGCCAUGGCCAUGGCCGUGGCCUCGACCUCCUCCUCUCUGGCCGCCCUGAACCAUCCCCAUUUUCUGCCCUCCACCCCCCUUCUCCAUUCCAAACCUUUCAAGCCUCUCAAGCCCGUGAGACCACCUUCCUGCGCCCUCGCCGACGCCGACACCGCGGCCGCGGCCGCUCCCCGCACGAGCCAGGCGGAGCUCCGGCCGGACACCAAGAACGCGCACGCGCUCUCCUCCGAGAUCCGCCGCCUCGUGCACGCGGGGCGCCUUCGGUCCGCGCUCUCCCUCCUCGACCACCUAUCCCACCGCGGCGUCCCCGCGAGCCCCUCCGCCUUCACCGCUCUCCUCUCCGCCUGCCGCUCCCUGGCGCACGCCCGACAGAUCCACGCCCACCUCCGCGUCCACGGCCUUGACUCCAACGAGUUUCUCCUGGCCAGGCUCGUUGAGCUCUACCUUACUGUCGGCGCCGCCGAUGACGCCCGCCAGCUGCUCGACGGUUUGUCCCGGCCCAGUGCCUUCUCCUGGAACGCGUUGCUCCACGGGCAUGUGCGCCGGGGCCGCGGAGAGGCAUCGGAUGCUGUCGCAGAUGGGUUUGCAGAGAUGCGUGCUGCCGGGGCCUAUGCGAAUGAGUACACGUACGGGUGUGUCCUCAAGUCGAUCUCUGGGAGCGCCAGACCGUCGAUGGUCAUGGCCACAGCCACACACGCGAUGCUGAUCAAGAACGCGUUUGCGGGUGCGCCAGGUAUGCUGAUGACUGGACUCAUGGACGUGUACUUCCGGUGUAAGAAGGUGAAGCUAGCGAUGAUGGUGUUUGAGGAAAUGCCGGAGAGGGAUGUGGUUGCAUGGGGGGCAGUGAUUUCUGGGUUUUCACACAAGGGGUUGAAGAGGGAGGCGCUGGAGCAUUUCCGUUGGAUGGUAAACGACGGGGUCAAGGUGAAUUCAGUGGUGCUCACCUCGAUUGUGCCAGUUAUUGGCGAUUUACGUGCACGGAACUUGGGUAGGGAGAUUCAUGGGUUGGUGCUGAAGAAGUUUCGAGAUCGUAAAGACGUGGCAAAGGUCCAUGCAGGGCUGAUAGAUAUGUACUGCAAGUGCGGUGAUAUGAUCUCUGGGAGGCGACUGUUCUAUAACACCAAGAAGAGGAAUGCUGUCUCAUGGACAGCUUUAAUAUCUGGGUAUGCAUCCAAUGGGAAGCCAGAUCAGGCUCUGAGGUGCAUAGUUUGGAUGCAACAAGAAGGAGUCAGACCAGAUCUUAUUGCGGUGGCAACUGUCCUCCCAGUAUGCACAAAAUUGAAAGCAUUGAAGGAGGGAAAGGAGCUCCAUGCAUACGCUUUGAGGAGGUGGUUCCUGCCAAAUGUCUCAUUAUGCACUUCACUGAUCACCAUGUACAGCACAUGCUGUCAUUUGGAGUACUCUCGCAGGGUGUUUCAUGUUAUGGACAAGAAGACGGUACGCGCUUGGACGGCAUUGGUUGAUGCCUACCUAAAGAAUGGAGACCCUUCAACUGCUGUUGAAUUGUUUAGAUUGAUGCUUCUGUCCAACCGACGACCUGAUGCUGUUGCCAUCACCAGGAUAUUGAGUGCCUUCUCUGACAUUGGAGCUUUACGACUCGGCAAGGAAGUGCACUGUCAGGUGUUGAAAUUGCGGAUGGAACCUCUCCCGUUAGUUGCCGCAGAACUUGUUAAAAUGUAUGGCAGGUGUGAGGACCUCAAGGCAGCACAGAGGGUGUUCAAUCGAACUGAGUCCAAGGGAUCCCUGACUUGCACUGCAAUAAUAGAAGCUUAUGCAAUCAACCAUCGACAUAAGGAAGCACUGGAUCUCUUUGCAUGGAUGCUGUCAAACAGAUUUGUCCCGAAGAAUGUCACCUUCAAUGUGGUUCUGAGAAUCUGUGAGGCAGCCGAAUUUCAUGACGAAGCUCUUGAAAUUUUCAACUCCAUGGUGAAAGAGUACAACCUGGAAGCAUCUGAAGAGAAUUAUGACUGCAUCAUCCGCAUUCUUACUGCUGCUGACCGGACUUCUGAAGCACAGCGUUUUGCUGAUCUCAAAGCUGCUCUGUUUAGUUAACCAGCUCCAUUUUUGGAUUUUGAACACCAGUAAUUUUGUAAAUGUGCUCUCUUCCUACCUUCUACUGAUAUUUACUGUAAGAUUUGUCAAAAUGAUACUGAUAUUUCUUUUUUGUAGUCAAAAGGCCUGGAGCUUCACUAAUAAUUAGCUUAAUAAGGUUUACUAUUUCAGAACUCGGAGAAAACAAAUAUUCCCUGUGGCAACAAGUAAUGUCAUCUGUCCCUAGGUCAAUAAUUCAAUAUUAAUCUCUAUCA